AAAGAGAGCGCCUAUCCAUAUACGGUGGUUGGCAAUUAUACACGUUCAGAACGUUCCAGUUCCGCGUUUACGUUGGCAUUUUCAGCGCAAUUCUGACGCGCUCACGCUCUGCUUGGCCAAAAUUAACACGGUGUCUUAUUCGCCUUCUGAUCUGACCGAUGAUCUCCCAAUGAGCAGCCCUCGUAACGGACAGGUGCGUCUUCUAUUAGCCGGAGAACACAUGACAUAUCUUUUAUCUUCUAUUCAUGAGAUCAUCCAAUCAAGUACCAAGCUCAAGCGCUCAUGGGCCGGUGUACCUUGCUCGCCUAUUCGCUUCAUGAGUUACCGACACAGCGACACCAUGGACUACCUGUUUGCAUAACCAUUUUGAAAUGGUGAAGUCGGUAUCAGGCUAUUUAAGCGGUUCCAAAUGACCAAAAAACCAAGCCAUGUUGUCCCAAGCCAUAGAUAGUGGUCGCCGUAUCAGCGGGCAUAUCUUGACACUUUUUUUGUUCACGAAGUCUGACUUCUUGACCACUCUGUUGCCUGUCACUUUGUUUGCCUUAGCGAAUACUCCCCAUCCCCACGCAACCCGCAUUCUGGAAAUUAUAAUUUGGAUAUGGAUCCACCUCCUAAAAUUUGAUAUAUCCAAUCAGAUCCAGGAUCCAGAGGAGGACAAAAGGAACAAACCUGAUCGCCCACUCCCCGCUGGUCGUAUUACCGCUCAGAAUGCGGCGGACGUGCGCUGGCUGCUAGUUCCUGUCUGUCUGAUCUUUUCUGCGAUGCAUGGCAGACAGACUCUCGCGUCUAGCGCUUGCUUUGAAGCCCUCAGUAUCUGGUAUAACGAGUUUGGAGGCCACAAAGCUGGGAUUUCAAAAAAUCUAUUAACAGCAGUCGGGUAUACGUGCCUGGAAGCAGGUGCAACGAUUAUUGCAGGGUCCAGUGCGCGCCUCGAUAAUAUCAGCGCGCGAGCAGUUGCUUUUAGUUGUGCAGUAUUCGUAACGACGCUUCAUGCACAAGAUUUCAAAGACGAGGAGGGGGAUCGCUUUAUAGGAAGACGCACUCUUGUCACUCUGUUCCCUACCUUUGCGCGUAUUUCAAUGUUGAUCGGCGUCCCCCUUUGGUCUUUCUUCCUCAGCAGGCUAUGGAAUGUGGAUUUUAUCUGUUCUGUUGCUUUUGUAGCGUAUGGAGCAGUUGUAGGGGGGAGAUUCAUGGUCUAUAGGACCGCGAGUGCUGAUAAACAGUCCUGCAGAUUGUACAGUCUUUGGUUUUCCUUGGCGCACUUACUCCCUGCCUAUUGGCGAUUUUUCUAUAGCACUUGAAAGUUAUAGUAAGUUCGAAAGUGGCGCGAGGGGUAGUGUAUGUACAUGAUGUAUCCUAAAAGAAUUAUUACUUAAUAUUUUAGAUUUUGUAUGACGUUACGUAAUGAAUUCCUGGAUUCCAGUGCUCA